AUGGCGACCACGGAAGAGUUGCAGACGUUGGUGCUUACCACCCUCGACAAGCAGAAUGAAAUUGAAGACUCGGUUGCUUUAAAGAAGGACGGUAAUGCCGUCGAUCAGCUCGCCUUGUUGGGUGCGCUGAACAGUUUAAAGUCCAAAGAGAUGGUCGAUUACAAAGCUAUUGAACGUGAAGUCUGGACUUUGACACCCGAAGGUCAGCAAUGUGUUGACCAAGGCAGCCACGAAGCACGUGUCUUUGCCGCCGUUCCUUCGGGUCCCGAAGGUAUUGCCAUCACUGAACUUCAGGUAACGGCCAAGUUGGGAGAUGCCGCCAAGGUCGGUCAAGGCAAAGCUUUCAAGAACAAGUGGAUUGCCAAAAAUGGAGCCAACCUUGUUCGCUCCGUCGACAGCAUCGUAGAUCAGACACAAAAGGAGCUUCAGGAAAUUCAGAGCACCUCUACACACAAGGAUGCCAAAGUGUUGGCCGAUUUGAAAAAGAGAAAAUUAACAGACAAGCAGAAAUUCACUUCUUACAAGGUGGUCAAGGGACCUCAGUUCUCGCUUGAGAUCAAGAAGGAAGCCACUGACAUUACUUAUGAAAUGCUGCAAUCUGGCGAAUGGAAGAAUGCUACGUUCAAGAAAUACAACUUUGAUGCCGCGGGUGUGCCUCCUGCUGGUGGUCAUCUUCAUCCUUUGAUGAAGGUGCGUCAGGAAUUCCGUGAAAUUUUCUUCGAAAUGGGUUUCCAGGAAAUGCCCACCAACUGCUUUGUUGAAUCCAGCUUCUGGAACUUUGAUGCUCUUUUCCAACCUCAACAACAUCCUGCAAGAGACGCUCACGAUACUUUCUUCAUCAAGGAUCCCGCUACGACCGAUCGUUUCCCUCGUGAUUUGAUGGAAAAGAUCAAGCGCACCCACGAAAAUGGUGGUGAUACGGGUUCUAUCGGUUACAACUACAAGUGGAAGGAAGAGGAUGCUGGCAAACUGAUUUUGCGUACUCACACAACCGCCGUCAGUUCAUACAUGCUGUACCAGCUCGCCGAGAAGUCAAAGGUCGAAGGUUUCAAGCCAGCCAAGUAUUUCUCCAUCGAUCGUGUCUUCCGUAAUGAGUCCGUGGAUGCCACUCAUUUGGCCGAAUUCCAUCAAAUUGAAGGUGUGAUUGCGGACAGAAACUUGACGUUGGGUGAUUUGAUUGGUUUCAUGGAUGUCUUCUUCAAGAAGAUGGGCAUGGAUAAGAUUCGUUUCAAGCCUACCUACAACCCUUACACCGAGCCUAGUAUGGAAAUCUUCUCUUACCACGAAGGUUUGAAGACGUGGGUCGAAAUCGGUAACUCGGGUAUGUUCCGACCAGAGAUGUUGUUGCCAUUGGGCUUGCCACCGGAUGUUCGCGUCAUUGCCUGGGGUCUCGGUUUAGAACGCCCUACCAUGGUGAAAUACGGUAUCCAGAAUAUCCGUGAUUUGCUCGGUCACAAGGUGAACAUCGGCAUGAUCAAGGAAUAUCCUAUCUGUCGCUUGGACAAGAAGAUGGGUAAGGAGUUGGUCGGAUUGAGUCAAGAUUAA